UGAAGGUGACCAAGGCAGAGGUAGCGUGCACAUCAUGCAUAUGUGCGUGUGCACGGCUGCCUGUGGGCUUGCCGGCAGGUUGGCGCGUUCACGCGAUUUUGCUCAUUUGUGCUAAUCGUGACGUCACACGUCGUCGCGGCUAAUUGCUCCCCCUCCCCUGCCCUCAACUACCUCCUCCUCCUCGUCAGCGUGGAGGUGCGGGGGGGUCCACAGCGAGGGUCUGCUGCGGCAGUGGCGGAUGUAGCGAGCAUGCUGGAGGGAGAAGAAGCAGCCUGGAACCUUUAAAAGUGUUUGGACGGUCCAGGGUGGUCACGUGAUCUGAGGCGAGAUGUCCAACUCCAACAAGAACAAGAAGGACAAAGAGAUCCUCGCUGACUACGAGAGUCAAGUCAAAGAUGUACGGGCCCAGUUGGUGGAGCAGCAGCGCUGUCUGGAGCAGCAGACGGAAAUGCGCGUUCAGCUCCUUCAGGACCUUCAGGACUUCUUCAGGAAGAAGGCCGAGAUCGAGACGGAAUACUCCAGAAACCUGGAGAAGCUCGCUGAGAGGUUCAUGGCCAAGACCCGCAGCACCAAAGACCACCAGCAGUACAAAAAGGACCAAAACCUUCUGUCACCGGUCAACUGCUGGUACCUGCUACUCAACCAGGUGAGGAGGGAGAGCAAGGACCACGCGACCCUCAGUGACCUCUAUGUGAACAAUGUCAUCAGUCGCCUCACACACAUCAGCGAGGACUCGGCCCGCCUCCUCAAGAGGAGCAAGGAGAUCAUCUUCCAGCUUCAGGAGGAUCUCAUGAAGCUUCUCAAUGAGCUCUACACCGUGAUGAAGACCUAUCACAUGUAUCACGUGGAGACCAUCAGUGCGGAAAGCAAACUGCGGGAGGCAGAGCGUCAGGAGGGGCGGGUGAAGGGCGUGUCUGGGACGGGCGGAGGGGUGGAGCCUGUGUUUGGACUGCGUAUAGAGGAGCGCCACCAGCGACGCAACGCCGCCCGCAAAAUGGAGAAGAUGCGAGAGAAGAGGAAGGCCAAGUAUUCUGAGAACAAACUGAAGACGCUUAAAGCGAGGAACGAGUACCUGCUGACUCUGGAGGCCACCAACGCCUCCGUGUUCAAGUACUACAUCCACGAUCUGCCUGACAUCAUUGACUGCUGUGACCUAGGGUACCACUCCAGUCUGAGCCGGGCUCUGAGGACCUACCUGUCAGCAGAACUAAGCCUGGAGGCCUCCAGGAGGGCAGGUCUGGAGGUGCUAGAGGGUGCCGUGGAGGGUCUUGAUCCUGCCCGUGACCGCCAGCGUCUGUUGGGCCUAUACCCAACUGCUUUCUGCCCACCGUCCCGCUUCAGCUUCCAGGCCCACAUGGGUGACGCUGUGACACAGAUCGCCUCUCAGCCACAGGUCCAGGCGGAGCUGAUGCUCCGCCUGACGCAGCUGCAGACGCGCCUGGCAUCACUAAAAAUAGAGAAUGAAGAGGUGAAGAAGACCUGGGGAGCCACGCUGACCACCCUGCAGGACAUGACAGUACUGGACGACUAUGAUGUCUCCCAGAGUUUCACCCACAGUCCGUCCUCCGAGUCUGUCAAGUCCAGCGUCUCGGACAGUUACCUGAACAAACCCAGUCUGGCCAAGAGACGAGCUAACCAACAGGAGACGGAACUCUUCUACUUCACUAAAUUCCGUGAGUACCUCGAGGGGAGCAACCUGAUCUCCAAGCUCCAAGCCAAACAUGACAUCCUAAAGAAAGCCUUAGCAGAAGGCUACAAAGCAGAGCUGCUCACCACCAGUCGUGGGCGGAAGAACUCGCACAGCAAGCACCAGGACUCAACCAAAGCCAUACCUCUGCUGGUGGAGAGCUGCAUCCGCUACAUCAACCUGCACGGUCUUCAGCAUCAAGGCAUAUUCCGGGUGUCUGGCUCCCAGGUGGAGGUCAACGACAUUAAGAACUCCUUUGAGAGAGGUAAUGACCCGCUGAUCGAUGAGGAAAGUAACCACGACAUCAACUCGGUAGCUGGUGUCCUGAAGCUCUACUUCCGAGGUCUGGAAAACCCGCUCUUCCCCAGCGACAGGUUCAACGACCUCAUCGCCUGCGUCCGCAUGGACAACCUCUACGAGAGAGCCCAGUGCAUCCAAAAGAUCCUGCUGGGCGUCCCAAGGGCCACGUUGGUGGUGAUGCGCUAUCUCUUUGCCUUCCUCAAUCACUUGUCCAAGUACAGUGACGAGAACAUGAUGGAUGCUGGGAAUUUGGCCAUUGUGUUCGGGCCCACCCUCCUUCCCACACCGGACACUCUGGAUCAGGUGGCCUGUCAGGCUCACGUCAACGAGGUGGUCAAGACCGUAAUCCUGCAUCAUGACAACAUCUUUCCGGACACCAAGGAGCUGCCGGGACCAGUUUAUGAGACGUGUAUGACUGGGGAGCAGUACUGUGAGAGUCCAUUCAGUGAGCCGGGGGCGCUGGAAGAGACAGAACCGGAUGCUGGCACCGAGACGCAGACCAGCGACGAGGAGGGCGAGGCUGUGGAUGCGGUGGCGAGGUUUGACUACGUGGGUCGCUCUGGCCGGGAGCUGUCCUUCAAGAAGGGAGCGUCACUGCAGCUCUACCAGCGGGCAUCGCAUGACUGGUGGGAGGGGCGCCACAAUGGCAACCAUGGUCUGGUGCCGCAUCAGUACAUCGUGGUCAAGGACAGGGGCGACGCCGUGUCAGACACACACAGUCAAAAAGCCGACAGCGAUGGCGGAAGCAGCAGCACCGACGACAAGAGAUCCACUCGAGACUUGUGCUCACCCACCGACAUACGAGCGCCAGAGUCGUACAACAGCCACAGAAGAAAACGAAGUGAUGGUUUGUUUCGCCGCCCUCUGGGCCGCUCUAACGACUGCCACGGUAACGGGGCGGCCAUGGAGAGAAGCUCCCCACCGGUGACCGGGCACUUCAGUCCCAGAGAGCUGCUGCUAGGGAGGAGCCAGGGCUUGACUCCACCCCUCGACAGCCCCGAACGCAGGCGCCGCUCAGCUGCUGUCACUGUGACGGUGAACCGCCACGACUCGCUGCGGAGGCCCGAGGACACGCCCAUACGACGGUCCAGCAGCGGCCAGCACGGCUUUGCUGACUCCCAUCGAUCCCGAGCACUGGACCCCAACACGCUGGCUCAGGACAUCGAGGAGACUGUGACGGUGGCCUUGGGGGACUUUCGGCACCUGGAACGACAAGGAUGCCGACCGGCACCGGAUGUGGUUCUGGAUACGCUGGAGCAGGUGAAGAAUGGUCCUGUCACCACAUGCUCAUCCGAGUCCCCGAGCCCUCAUAGCACCCCCAGCACACCGGGAACCCCUGGCACUCCAGGGACGCCCGGAACCCCGAGCCCCCUCAGUCCUCUGAGUCCCAUCAGCCCACUCCCAGGACCUCCGGCCGGACCACCCAGGCCAUCCAAUCCUUCCCCCGACGCCCUGGGUUCCUUCAAGCCUGUGGCAGCUGCUCGCAUGGGGGUCCCACUGAGGCCUCCUGCUCUGAGGCCCAAACCUGCAGUCCCACCCAAGAGCAGCACUCCACCUCUGCCCCCACCACUUGACAAAUCCUGCACCAUGUGAGCCAAACCAGGCCGACCGAAAGGCCGAAUCAGGCCGGCCCGGGCCAAAGGUGGGCCAGUAGAGGAGAUCAGGGUACUGCUGAAUGUUUGACGGUAGCCUUUAGCACGAGUGAGGGUUUAAACAUGGUCCUACAAUUAAUAUAUGCUAAUAAUAAUAGUAAUAAUAAUAUGUGUGUGUUGUCAGGUUGCUGUGUUCUCUUCUUCCUCUUGUACAGAAGCAUUUAGCAAAGUGACUGACGUGUGACAAGAGACCUAAGAUGUAGUUCUAGUCAUGUGAAUGUUGGACUGUUGCCCUGGCAACAACCAGGUCCAGGACCACGAUGCUACUUUCUUUAUUUUCUACUCAGUUCAGCUGCUAUUCUCACUGGCGCCUCCUAGCGGGCGCUCAGGGACACAAAGGUCCAGCUACUGAUUGAAUGUUUUAACGACUGUUCAUCAAAUGAAUGUUAGCCGAGCCGACAUGGCCGCUCACAAAACUUUAACAGCCUUUUUGCAGAGUUUGGGCAAGGGGAAGAGCUUCAUACAGGGUGCCACGCUUGGAGGGAACAUUUUAGAGGUCUGUGCGUGCGUGUGUGUACUGCCUGCCUGCCUUGUACGUGCAGAGCUACUAAAAUAGCGAUAGACGAUAGAUUAUUCAUGCCUGCCUUGAGUGCCGCAACACGCAAGUGCAAGUUGGAAAAGCAUGCCAUUUAGUGUGCGUGUGCGUGUGCGUGUGCGCAUGUUGAAAGGUUUACCUGCUCGCUACACUAAACUCACAAGUUAACCUUAAACUCACAGGGGGUGACAGGGUGGGGUCUGUGUAGAAAACGCCCCGAAACACUUGAACAGCACAGUGAAUGUGGCUGGUGUGCGUGUGCGCGUGUGUGUGCGUGUGUGCCAAUGUGAAAGUGCCUUUUUGAAACUUUUUUUUGGGAGGGGGUGAAUCCACACGCAUGUCCAGAAGAAGCGCUGCAGCACUCUGAAUGAAAUCAAUCCUAAGCGUUGUUAGAAUUCUCACAUUAACCUGUAGUGACCUUUGCACUUGUGUAUAGGAUGUGUCCUCGGCAUGUAGCAUCAUCACAUGUUGGUGCAUUUCGGCUUGGGGGGGGUGGAGUGGGGUGGGGGGUCUUCUUUGAAUGUGAAAGGACAAGUUUUAGUGUGUUGGUGUUGAUGUUUGAACCUGAGCUUCCUCCACACAAGCUCGUAUAGCCAAAUGGAUGGUAUCGAUGUGUCGUAUUUAUUACCAAUAAACACUCAUGAAUGAGCAAA